GUGGCAACCUAACCUGCCCUGGUCUCCGCUGUGAAGGAGAAGCCGGGAGAGCAGGCUAAACCAGGAAGGCGCUGGCUUGUGGCGCGCACGCGCACGCACGCACGCCGGCGGCCGGAGGGGCGGCACGCUCGCGCCCGGGCUCGCCGCGCGCCGCGCCAGAGGCUCGCGCACUCAGCAGGUUGGGCUGCGGCGGCGGCAGCUGUGGGAGCUGAGGCGCAGCGCGUGAGAGGUCCCAGACGCGUCUGCGGCUCCGGUUCCGCCACCUUCCUCUUCUCUCACCCCAGUCUCGGUGCCGGGUGCUGAGAAGGGAACGGCGCUAGCCUUGGUAACUUAGAGCCCACCCUUGGCUGCUUCCGACACCGCCAUCCUUCCUUUCCCAGCCGCGGGCCUCUCGGUGCUAAGGCGACUCUGCGGGGAGGCGGCGGCGACGGCUGCCUGUCUGUGGGGAGGAGUCCUGCCCUCCAGUCUUGCUCCGCCGCCGGGCCCUGCAGGGUCCAAGAGAGCUCGGCGCCGGUCCUUCCUCUCACCUUUUUCGUUAGCCGAUUGGUGCAGCGUCGGUCCGAGAGGUCUCUGAGCUGAGGCGGCGGCAGCUCCUUCGGCUUCAUCAUGUCCGCGGGCGGAGACUUCGGGAAUCCGCUGAGGAAAUUCAAGCUGGUGUUCCUGGGGGAGCAGAGCGUUGGAAAGACAUCCUUGAUCACCAGAUUCAUGUAUGACAGUUUUGACAACACCUACCAGGCAACAAUUGGUAUUGACUUUUUAUCAAAAACAAUGUACUUGGAGGAUCGAACAGUACGAUUGCAAUUAUGGGACACAGCAGGUCAAGAGCGGUUCAGGAGCUUGAUUCCUAGCUACAUUCGUGACUCCACUGUGGCAGUUGUUGUUUAUGAUAUCACAAAUGUUAACUCAUUCCAGCAAACUACAAAAUGGAUUGAUGAUGUCAGAACAGAAAGAGGAAGUGAUGUUAUCAUCAUGCUAGUAGGAAAUAAAACAGAUCUUGCUGACAAGAGGUAUAGAGCAGUAUCAAUUGAGGAAGGAGAGAGGAAAGCCAAAGAGCUGAAUGUUAUGUUUAUUGAAACAAGUGCAAAAGCAGGAUACAAUGUAAAACAGCUCUUCCGACGUGUUGCAGCAGCUUUGCCUGGAAUGGAAAGCACACAGGACAGAAGCAGAGAAGACAUGAUUGACAUAAAACUGGAAAAGCCUCAGGAGCAACCAGUCAGUGAAGGAGGCUGUUCCUGCUAAUCUUCCAUGGCAUCUUCAACUUUUCUUCAGAAGUCACUGCUUUGGCCCCCUUACUCUUUCAUUGACUGCAGUGUGAAUAUUGGCUUGAACCUUUUCCCUUCAGUAAUAACGUAUUGCAAUUCAUCAUUGCUGCCUGUCUCGUGGAGAUGAUCUAUUAGCUUCACAAGCACAAAAAAGUCAGUGUCUUCAUUAUUUAUAUUUUACAAAAAGCCAAAUGAUUCCAACAUAUUCCAGUGAUAACUUUAAAAAUUAGAUACGUUUUCUCAAUUUUUGUUUCCUUUUCAAUGUUAGGAUAACGUACUUCAAAAUGAUGGAAAUUCCAACAGUCUGUGGCUAGGUUAAGGAGCAAUUGUUCACAGCAGCGCUUGCCUACCUACUUGAUCUCUCUCUGCUUUUCUCACCUCUCCCUUAUUGCAUUCCCUAUUCUUACCAUCUCUCCCUCAAAACAAAUGAGGUAUGACAAAGCAGGAGUUAGACCAAGCCCAAUGGAGUUAUCCUUCAAAUUUAGUGAUACCACUUGCUCUAGGCCUUGGGCCAAGAUGUCCAAAAUUAUUCUUGAGCACUGAUAUAAAUUACUUAGACUUUAUUUGAGGUCAAAACUCAACUAUCAUGGUAGGCAGUGCUUGAAUAAGAAAAGGGUUCUGAUGCAUCUUCAAAAUGAGUCCUAAUGAACAUAGUGAGUACUUACAAAUUAAAUGAACAUAAAAUGUAUUUCAGACCAAAACAAAUGACCCUUUCACAUGUUAGUCCCUGGGAGAGGAGUUAACAGUGCUUCAGAACAUGUUUUUAAUACUGAAUUCUCCCAGUGAACUAUUUCUCCCAGGAUUUUAAAAUUCUCAACAUAGAGUUACUCUGUUUAAAAAAAGAAGAAAACUUUUGUAAGCAAUAGAUUUCUCUUGGGUUUUUCUUUGUUUCAAAAAAUGCUAUGCAGGCAAGGCACUACAGAAAUCAAAUUCUUUUAAGAAGAACCAGCGGAAGAAUUUAAACUUGGUACCGUGAUCAAAACUACAAUAAACAAUGAUAUCUAAAGCUAUCAUUGUAGAAACAAUGAUAUCUAAAGCUUAACAACAAAAGAAUCCUCAACAGAAUAGCAAAUACUUUGCUCAGGACAUUUGAGGUCAAAUUGAAAAUGGAAACAGGUUUCUUAUAAGCCCCUAGCGGCAGAUCUGGAAAAGCAUACAUAGAAGAGGGAAAGGAGAGAAUGGAAGUAAAACUUAAUAUUAUGCAGAUUUAUGCCUUAUUUUUUAGCAUUUUUUUUUUAAUGUUGGGUCUUUCAGGCUGGUUUUGCUUUUUAUUAGAUCUGUAUAGUUUGGUUAAUUAACUAGUGAUUUAGUUUUAUAUUUAAGCUAUAAUUAAUCUUUUUUCUUUGUUGAUAUUUAUUUCUUUGCCUUUUUUUUUUAAACUACUUUCAGUUUUUAGAUGUUUUGUCUGAUCUAUUUAGAGCUUCAUCACCAUGGCAAUAUAUAUUUCCCUUAAAACACUGUAAACAAAUAUACUAGGAGUGCACCAUUUUAAUCUUUACUAGUUAUUGUGAGAUUGCUGUGUAAGUUAAUAAACACAUUUGUAAAUACAUUAUUUGCAGGAUGAAAAUUUCUGAGUUACAGCUCAGGAAAAGCCUGCUGAAUUUACGUUGUAAGCAUUACUUAACACAGUAUAAAGAUGAAAAGACAACAAAAAAUAUCUUCAUACUUCCUCAUCCCCUCAUUGCAACAAAACCCUUAACUGGGAACCUUAUUCCCCUCUCUUUCCUCUUCCUUCUCCAGUUCCCACUUAUUGUCACCUUGUAAUAUUCAGAGAGCACUUGGAUUAUGGGUCUGAAUAGAGAAAUGCUUUCAGAUAAUCAUUAGCCCACAUACCAGUAACUUAUACUCAAAGAUGGGAUGGAGUUGUAAAGUGCUUUUAUAAUACAAUAUUAUUGUUAAAGGCAAGGGUUGACUCUUUUGUUUUUAUUUUGACAUGGCAUGUCCUGAAAUAAAUAUCAAUUCAAUAUGGCA